AUGAGAUGGAAUAAAAUUUCUAGUAAUAAUUAUAAUCAAAAUGUUAAUUUUCCAAAUUAUUAUCCUCGUGUUCUUUAUAAUGGUUGGGAUGGUAGGACUUCUUCACGUAGACAGUUAAUGAAUGAAUUCUCUUGGUCAUCAAAAAAUCAUGCACGUUACGCUAGUGGUGAUAAUGUUGUUAAUCGUCAAUUAAUUCAAACAUGGAUUCCUACAUGUCUUCAUGAUCUUAUCUAUUGCUUAUUUGAACAAGGAAAAUUAAAAAGAAACCAGUAG